ACAUCGCCUCCACCCUAACCCGUCGCUAAUCACAUUCCCCACCUACGUUAUAACACCCUCCUUCUCCCCCACCCCCGCGCCCCCCUUCCAAUCUGAAAUUCUCCACCCAACCCUAGCCGCCCGCCGCCAUGGCCGAAUCCGGCGACUCGUCCCCGCACUCCGCCGCGGCCACGGACGACACGCACCAUGACGGCUCGGAGUCCGCGGCGGCGGCGGCGGCGGCGACGGCGGCGGGGCACGCGCCGCCUCUGCCGCCGGCGAAGGUGCGGCUGAUGGUGAGCUACGGGGGCCGCAUCCAGCCGCGGCCCCACGACAACCAGCUCGCCUACGUCAACGGCGAGACCAAGAUCCUGUCGCUCGAGAGGCCGCUCCGCUUCGCCGACUUCGCCGCACGCCUCGCCGCGCUCGCCGGGAACCUGGGGGACAUCUGCGUCAAGUACCAGCUGCCAGGGGAGGAUCUCGACGCGCUCGUCUCCGUCACUAACGACGAGGAUCUGGAGCACCUCGUCCUCGAGUACGACCGCCUCCACCUGCUCCGCCCCGCGCCGGGCUCCGGCGGCGGCUCCAACCGCGGAUCCACGCUCCGGCUGAGGGUCUUCCUCUUCCCCGUCCAGUCGCCCCCGCCGCCGCCGCAGCCGGCCGGCCUCCUCGAGCCCAAGCCGGAGCGCCACUGGUUCGUCGAGGCGCUCAACAACGUCCCGCAGCCGAAGCAGGAGACGUCGCCUUCGCCCGUCCCCGCGCAGCAGUCGCCGCCGCAGCAGAAGCAUGAGUCGGUGUUCGCGCAGCAGUCGUCGCCGCCGCAGGCGAAGCAUGAGAUGGUGUUCGUUCAGCAGCCUCCACCACAGACGCUGGUGCACAUGCCGCCGCCUCCUCAGCCGCACAUGGUGCUUGCGGCGGCGAGCCCCGACUACCUGUUCGGCCUCGACAACGGCUUCGUGCCUCCCCCGGUGGUGAAGGUGAAGGACCCGGCCGGCGAGCCUCCGACGAUGAGGGAGAAUGUCCCCGUCGAGUUACCCGCCAAAAACGACGACCGCCAUCCCAACCCCGCGGGCGAGCACGUCGCGGUCUCCCCUGUCGUCUCCCCUGCCGAGUUCCAGCGCCAGAUCCAGGAGCUCGAGAAGCUGCAGGUUGCGGAAAACGGCACCCACCAACCACCUCCAGCGCCAGCGCCUGCUCCGGCCGCCGCCCCCGCUCCUGCCCCGGUGCCCGCACCCGCCGCCCUUCCGAGGAACGGGAGCGACGACUCCCUCACCCGCGCGUACCCUCCCGCGACCGCCACCCCACCCGCCAACGCGGAGUACUACCUUCCCAAGUUCCCGGAGAAGCCCCCAGUUCCACCGCCGUCAUCCGCUCCUCCUGCGACGGCGUACCUGCAGGUGCCGGGCAGGUAUACAUCCGUUGCCCCUGGCUCCGGCGCGGACCAUGCCCCCGUGUUCUUCAUCCCGGCGCCCCAUGGCUACUUCGCCGCCACCGCCUCCCCAGGUGCGACCUCCUUCCCGGCCGUGUACGCCGUCGCGCCACCCAAUGCCAACGCCAACGGGAACGGCUCCGCCCCUUCGCCCGCGGUGUCGAAUGCGACGGCCUACGCCCCAGCCCCGCAGGUAGCGUACGACAGCAACGGCCGCGCCAUCUACUACACCAGCAUGCUCCCCCAGUAUCCUUCUGCUGUCAAUGGCAUGUCGGCGGCGGGUGCAGUACUCGGCACAGAGCCCGCGAAGCCGGUGGCUGUGAAGCCGACCGUCUCUUGAUUGAACACCACAGAUUACCUCACCUUACCUAUCACCGCCCAUGGAUCAAAGGAGUUUUCCAAAUUUUCUUUCAUCCGUCGCCCGUCAAUAUCCGUUAAUACCGUGUCAGUUGGAUUCGUUAUUGUCUCUAGUAUUCACCUAUAUUUUUUCCUCUCCUUUUUAAUUGUCUAGAGUUUUUUGGUUUGGCGUUCUGGGUCUAUGAUAUGAUGCAAAAACGUUCUUUGGUGUGCUUAGAUGUACAUACAGAGUCUGUGGACAUAAUGGAUAAGUAUUAUAUUAGCUUAUUAUUGGAGAGUUGAGUUCCAGUCGAGUUGUUAACAAUCUUGAGGUGUCAGCUUCUAUUUGUUAAUUCUUUGGGGGUUGCUGUAUCGAUUAAUGUCAGAGGUUCAAUGCGGGCUAAUUGGCCAUGUGAUCUCUCGGUAUUUCUGCACUCUCUGUGAUGAGCGUGUAUCUUGUUUCUUUGUCAAUAGCUAGCUGCUCCCUCAUGGGCAACUACCGUGAUUUCCCGCCCUGAUCACGGGGGAUCAGCUUGGUGUAUUUAUGCAUGUAUGUACUGAGGCAAA